UUUUGUGUCUGAUUUUUAAUUUCCAACCUAUUUUUGGUUCAUUUUAAGCCAGACAUAUAGUCAUUUUUAUACAGUUGAGUUAAAUAAAACUACCCAGCAGGUUGGGCAAACAUUUAACCCAACCGCUGGGUUAAAACAACCCAAUUCACUGGGUUAAAACAACCAUUUGUCCAUUUUGAAGCUGUUUUUAACCCAGCAUUUUUUAGCGUGUACCAAAAUACAACAUAAAAUGGUAAAAGCAAUUAGAAAUUUAUUUCUGUUUGAGUUUGCAUCUUUAAAAUAUAAAAAUAUUACAUAUUUAUGAAAUUCAUUUAAAAGAAAGUCAUGUUAAAAACGGUCUUCUUAAUAAAAUAUAGCCUAAUGUUCACUCUAAAUAUGUAUAGAGAGAGAAUGAUAUUUAUAAUCAAAUUCGAUAUAAUGUUAUAUUUAUUGAAAAAGAUCAUCCACAGGAAAUGAAUGGAUGUUUGUUGUUAGGAAAAAUACCUGUAAUAAAAAUAACUCACUUUUAAUAAGCUUGAAAUAGGCCUAUUGUUUUGGUUGAAGUCAUUGUUUACACGUGCACAUAAACUUGUUUUGAUGUGAACUCAGAUAGAAAUAGGGAGCUUUAAAACCUUCGUUAUGAAUGAAUAAUUCAUCUUUUAUACCAUCUGUAGCAGACAUACAGACAACACUCAACAGUGUGAUCAUGACCUGGGUGCGCCUUUGUCCUAUGAGCAACAAUCCACCAUCUGUCCGUCUGCUGGCUUUGGAAAGAGGAAGAGAAGGGUGAGCUGGGAUAUGGAGUGCGCUCGUGAAACUCCACGGGGCAAAUUUGUACAAGUUUCGCCGGUUAUGCAAAUUCACCGACUCCAACCAAGCCUGCUGUAAAAACCGUCGAUGUUUCUCUGCAUUGCUUUGUAGUUGUCAGUUAGCUCUAGCUGUAGGUGAGCGCUGACGCCGGCGAUGGUUGGGAGGAGUUUCACAACUCAAAUUCAAAGGGUUGAGUCGUUCAUUACGAACCGACUGGUGUGUUGUCUUAACGGCGCUGAGACGUUCGGGCGGGCAGGACUCGGCCGAACGCGAACAGGUUUCGCCAGGGCUGCUUUUCGCCUUGAAGCUGAAUAGCGUUGGGUGGGGUUUCCACCGACACCAGGAAUGUAUCGUGGAUGCAUUCGCUGAACAGGGGGUGAAAAUAGCCGACUUUUUCGGGACGGAAAAAAAGUUUCUUCACCGGCGACUGCAAGUAACUCCAAUCAUAAAGGUUGUUUUCCCUGCUCCACCAUGGCCCAUCGCUCCCAGAGUUCCUCAGUGGGAGACAACCCCCUGGAUCCCAAUUAUUUGCGCCCACAUUACCGGGAAGAGUAUCGCAUGGCUAUCGAUGCCCUGGUGGAGGAGGACAUUGAGGGCUACUACAACUUUUUACAAAGUGCUAAUAUAGUUGACUUUUUAUCAAGGUCAGAGAUCGAGCAUAUUAAAAGCACUGUGCAUUCACCACAGAGUGCUGGAAAUGUACCAGAACUGCUGUAUCGAGAACUAGAUCAGGAUGGGUCUUCUGACACCUACUGGCCGCUGCAUUCUGAUUUGGAUGCACCAGGACUAGACCUUGGCUGGCCUCUGCAGCAACAUAGUUUUGUGGGUCCCACAGAGGUCACAAUGUUGGUAAACCCUGCUGAACCCGAAGUGGCCAGCAUUAAGGAGCAGGCACGGCGACUCAUCAAAAAUGCUCAUCAGGUCAUUGCAAUAGUGAUGGAUAUUUUCACAGAUGUUGAUAUAUUUUCCGAUCUUCUGGAUGCUACAGCACGUCAUGUGCCUGUCUAUAUUCUGCUGGAUGAACAAAAUGCCCAUCAUUUUGUUAACAUGGUGGCAAGCUGUAAAGUUAACCUGGAUAUGAUCCAUAUGAUGCGGGUACGGACAGUAGCAGGCAUUACCUAUUUCUGCCGCACAGGGAAAUCAUUUAAAGGUCAAGUGAUGGACCGCUUUCUUCUGACUGACUGCAGAGCAGUGAUCAGUGGAAACUAUAGCUUUAUGUGGUCUUUUGAGAAGAUCCACCGCUGCAUCGCCCAUUUGUUCCUUGGAGAACUUGUUGCCACUUUUGAUGAGGAGUUUCGUAUUUUGUUUGCUCAGUCUCAGCCUCUUGUUGUUGAAAAUGCCCUUGUACCCAUGCCACAAGAUAGUUACCUUGGCAGCCAGUUUGGCUUGAAAAGAACUCAGUCACUAAGGAAUCCCAGAGGAUAUCAUCGCCAGCCUGAACUUACUGGUUACCCAUUCGGGGAUCGUCUUGAAACUUUACUACCUUUUAGGAGGGAUGACCCGUUCCGCCAUACGAUUGAACCAAGUGCAGGUCCUAUGCAGGUCACAAAAUAUGCAACACAGCAGUUCAAGAUGCAACAGUCAUUCUUGGAUCAAGGACGCUCAAUGUUGGCCUCCCGGCAGCUGGAAAUGAAUGCCUUUAAGAGGCAUAGCUAUGCCGAGGGAACCCGCGAGACCUACGCCUCCUCCCGGCAGUACAUGAAACAGCGUGUAAUGAACAACUUGGAGGAGAUGGAAACGCAUUACCAGCGAGAACAACAUUACUAUCAGAGCGAGGGCAUGGGACCUGGUUCUGAGCGCGGGCCACAUGACCGCCUUAACUACGGCAUGUACCAGGCAGAUCAACAGUCUGAUUCUGCAUAUCCACCUGAACUUGAAGCACCAGGAAAUAUGAAUGUUUUAUCCUCUGAUGACCUCAAAAGUGAUUCAGAAAAACAAUAUAACACAGGAGGGGGACGCUAUGGUCCACAAAGCCACAAGAGGCCUGCUGCAGGCCACUCGUAUGCCUGUCAGAGUUCGCCGACUCAGCCGCAUCCUCCAGACCACAAGCAGUUGUUCUCCACUGGAGAACAGGUACGGCAGUCCGAGGACCCUGGUGUGAAGCAGGGAUUGCGGAGCUGGAGAAUCAACUCUUAUCUCAGCGCUUAUGAAGAUGCAGGAGAGGAGGGUCUGAAUCAGCCCAUGGGUCAAGAUGCUUUUGACGAGCCAUAUCAACAACCUGACAGCAGGCUUUAUGGCUCAGAGGGACCAGGCCUUAAUUUUAACAUUAGAGAGCGUCAAAAUAUCCCAACUAAGCCAAACCUUGACUUGCGACCACGCUAUGGUAAACCCAUCAUUCAAGAUAGGAAUCAGGUAAAAGAUGUUACCUCUGACUUCGGUCCCACGAGUACUGACACAUUAAAGCCAGCAAUUUCAGCUUCAUCACUAGCAUCUUCAACAGACAAUGAGAAGGAGGUGGAACCGAGGGAACCAAGGGAAAUCAGCAUUACCAAGCACGAGUCGUUCCGAACUCGAAUUAACCCAAUGCUGCAAAGGAGCUCAAGACUACGGUCUUCUUUAAUCUUCAGCUCCUCAAAGCUGGAGCAACACAGUUCCUCGCAAGCCAAGUCUGGUGGGGAUUUACAAGAGGAGAAAGAUGAGAGUGAGCCUAUUCGAUACUCAUCCAUUGUGGCAGAGAUUCUCGAGAAGAGGAGAUCACUGUCAAGAGAGCCGUUUGAUUGGAGUAAGCAUAAAAAAGCAGAUGAAAAAGAUGUUAAAAACUCAUCAACAGGAGACCUGACUACGAUCACAGACGCCAAAGAGGAGCCCAUCAAAGAAAACGAGAAACCUGACAACCCUGAACCUAAGGACAACAAAGUUACACAGCCAACAGAGCCUUCCAGAUCUCAGCAAACAGCUUCCCUAAACGUGAAUGAUCCAGCAAGCCGACUUAAGUACUUUAAAGAUCUGGAAGAAAAGAGAAAGACCUCAAAAUUAGAGUUAGAUUUGGGUGCUAAAAGUCAAGAAGCAGGUACGAAAAAGUCAGAACUAUCUGAUACAGCAACCAAAGUUCCAAAUGUGCUUAUUACUUCAGAGGACUCCACUGUAAAGACACAAGAACCAUCAUUUACCCUAACAGAUCCUGUACCACAGCGCCUGUCGUUCACAUCAAAUCCAAAACCUUCUGAAGUCUCUGUGGACAGGCCGAACACAAACAGCAAAACUCUGACAGAGAGCACAGCUGAUACGGCAAAGAAAGAGCCUGCUAAGGAGCCAACUAAGUCACUUCGGCCUUUCCCUUCACCCAAGUUCUUAAAACCAUUCAAAAGCUCUCAGUCCUCUCAUCGUCGGAUCUCAUGCGGUGAGGAGAUUCUCACGGAUGCGACAGAUGCUGAAAAGAGCGAGCUUAAGAAGACCCGCAGCCUCAGCACAUCGGGCAUUUCCCGCACAGAGUCUAAAGAAAGCCUGAGCUCCCUAAACCUUGGAAGCUCUGAUGGCAAAGAUACAAAGGCCCUUGACUUCCUCAAGAAACAAACGCAGAGACUGAAGGGUUUACUUGGGCCAAAGGGAGAAAAGAAGCACUCAGGAGUGUCCAACUCUCAAGAGGACAAGUCAAUGAAAACAGUUCCUGAGGUCCAAGAGGAACCCACGGACAAAGAGAAACCCUCUGAAUCUUUAGCCACAGUAGAGACCAACAAACCCAAUGCUAAACCAACUCAAUCCCGCUAUCAGUCCUCUACCUCGAAUGUAAUAUUCAGUAGCAACCUCAGGGAUGAUACCAAGGUGAUCCUAGAGCAAAUCUCAGCAAAUAGCCAGAAGAAUAGACAGCAGAACGAAGAGUCUGGGAAAAGCGAGGGGGGCAAGGAAGACGAUGUUUCCAAUUCUUCUCUCCAAAGCCGGUCCCGGUUCAGCCGAGCUCCAGCUAACCCACAGGACAGGGACAAUCUGCUGAAGAGAAUAGAGAGCAUGCGCAAAGAAAAGAAAGUCUACAGUCGCUUUGAGAUGGGGAAUAACCUGGGAUAACAAAACAAGGAGGAAGGGGCCAGAGAAGUGUAAAGAGAACCUGAAACUAUACUAAAAAAUUGUACCAAACAUCCCCAAUACUGCUGUGAACAGACACAGAGAUAAAACCAUCUGCUAAAUGACUGGUAACCUAAAUGGUCCAUGGAUCUUGUAUAAACACCACGAAAAUAGCACAAGCUCAAAUAUGAGGAGUCUUGCUGCAGCAAGAGGAAUAUUCCUCGCUCUGUGCCAAUCUGAGCCCACAGAUGAUUCACUUUGCCCUUAUAAGGCAUCAGGGCAUACCUCAACAGUAAUCACACUGCAAUCCCUGCAGAAUAGAGAAACACAAAUCAGGCCAAAAGGAGGGUUCGAACGUCAAGAGACUUUUCUCAGCUUUUUCUACUGGACCUUUUAGUUCCUUGUGAUGCAAAUAAACAGCAUUUUCAGCUCUGGUAAAGGAAAUUAACAUGUCAGGGCAGAAGCUGAGUUAUGCUACUUUGAAGGCACUAAAACACACCCUCGUUAAAGUACACCACACAAACGCCCCAGGACACGUCAUGCUGAAAUUAUGCUUUGGUGGUGACUGUGCCAAUGGAUCACAGGCAUAAAGGAAACCCAAGAUGGUUGGUAGACAACGCUUUUACUUUUGAAGGCAAAGAACAGAAAAUCUGCAACAUGAAACUGUCAAAAGUCAUGACUGGAAAGUAUUUAAGGGAUGUAUGAAAAUGAAAGUAGGCUUGUUCAUUCAUUUUUUCCUCUAUUUAAACCGUGUGCUGUCAAGGAAGUGGAUUGAAAACAGAGAAAGUGAUAUAUGGGGGGGGGUGGAGCUGAAUGAAUUUUAUAACACUGGCAAUCAGAAUUUGCAGUAUAAUGGUUGCAGACCUACUACAUGUGGACAUUCCUGCAUGAACCGUGUUGUGAGCUGAAACUGUAAAAUAUUAGGUUUAUAAAUAUGUUCUCAGGACUGGCCUUUGGCCUGUAUUUUGUCAAUGCAAAAUGAAAUUAAGACAGAACGGUAUUACUGAACACCAAAGAUUCCCAGGGUGCCCUGCUGGAUGUGUCGUAGGACUGAUUUAUGGAAACUGGAAGUUGAUCUAAUGAGGAAUAUCUGAUCGGGGAGUAUGAUGGAGUUUGACUUUAAUAGAGUGUCAUCGAUACAGUUUAUGUAUAUAAAUACAAAUCUUGGGGAAUUUAGGCUUGUUUACAAACUUUUUUAUUGUGUCUUAAAUAAAUUCUGAAUAAAUGGUUUAGAAACAUUUA